GGAUGACUCUCGGAGGACGCGCGGAGAAGUUCUCGCGCGAAGACAGGAAGAAGCUGAAGCGCGCGAGCGUGUUGUUAUUCUUCUUAUUACUACCCGUUUCUUAAUUAUCAUAAGUAACAGCAACUACGGAGCUUAUCGCAAGUCAGAAAUAAUGAAGUGGAAUUAGUUAGCACCAGGCAGUUUUCCUGAACCACCCGUGAGCUAGCAGAAGUCCGGAAAACCAGUAGGCUGUUGGCUCAAGAUGCCUCCUCGCAAAAGAAGGAAAAGCCAUUCAGAGGGAGAUGACUGGCAGUGCUCUUCAAAGGAGGAUGGUAGUCACAGCAGGCCUGAUGGUAGCCCUGGGAGAAACAGAUCAAUGGAAAGUCCAUUAAUUGUAAUUUCUGAUAGUGAUGGAGAGAAUACAGAUCAGGGAAAUUGUUUACCAAAGAAGAGGGGAAGACUGCAGUUGGAUCGAAGGAGAACUGUCUACAAGAGGAGAAUUGCACAGAUGACCGAGGAAGAGCAGCUGGCUCUGGCGGUGAAAAUAAGUGAGCGAGAAGCCAACCAUAUCAACUACAGUAAUGAAGAGGAGAACGAACUCUUGAGAAAGGCUAUCGAAGAGAGUCUUCACAGUUGCAGUGCUUCUGACGUUCCUGAAAAAAACACAGAAGUCAACAAGAGUUUUCGCUCUUACAUAGAAUUUGUAGGUCCAGAGGAAGUUGGCAAAGAACUGCCCUCAUCACAACGCUCUGACCUCUCAGGUGUAGAUACUCCCAAAAGUCCCAUGGUAUCGUUGACACGAUUAAGCCAAGAUAUUGUAGAAAGUUCCAGUGUCAUUUUGUCACCAAACUGUAGGGAUCCCAUUUUAGAGACGGAAACUGUUCCAUGUCUAAGCAACCUCGGUGACUUUGUGACUAACUCUCCUACAAACAAAUUGGUUUUAAGUCCUGUUUUUCCUAAGCAGCCCCCCCAUCCACUGAAGUUGGUUCCCCGCAAACUCUUUCCUGAAGCCAGUCCGCAUUCUCAUAGACCGCAGGAAGAUCUAGAUGAUCAGUGCUCACACUGCUCAGAAACUCCUCAACUGGAUUUAUCCUCUGAGGUUCCCAGUUCUAUGCAGUCUGAACCCUUGAAUGAGAAUAGCUCAUCUCAGAAAGCACAAAUUGAUGAAAAGACUAAUCUUUGCGGUGGGAGUGCAUUGAACGUAGAAUCUAAAGAUCUGACAUCUAAAGCUUCCCCUAACGUUUCUGGUGUGAAUUCCACUCAGGGACACCAGAGUGAGGCCGCUGUACAUUAUUACUGGGGAAUUCCUUUCUGCCCCAAAGGGGUAGAUCCUAAUGCUUACACUCAGGUUAUACUCUGCCAACUGGAGGUGUACCAAAAGAGCUUGAAGAAGGCUCAGAGGAGACUCUUGAAUAAGAUGGACUUUAAUGAGCCAUUGGUGUUGGGAGCCCCAUCUUCACAUGAAAAUGAACAGGAAAGAGGGGACAGCCAAGACAGCAUUACUCAGGAGGAGAGCGAAGAAGUCAAAUAUGACAAGUGUGGUCACAGAGUUAAAGAAUGGGAGGAUGCAGGAAACUCCGACAAGUCACUCACACAACAUGGGUCAAGCGGGAGAAAACCUCUUGCGAGUCCAGUGCACAGUCAUCCUGAUGAAGAGAACUCUAGGACACUGGAUGAGCCUGCUUCCAGUUACUCACAAACACUGUUUCCCGAGGGGACGCCUGGUGAAGUCUUAGGAGAUCCUACAGAUGCAGUCAACAAGAGCUAUGCAUCCCAAACUGAUGAGGAGAAUGAAAAAAGCCCUCCUGUGCAUAAUGGAGAUGUCCCAGAGGAAGAAGAGAUCACAGUCUGUCCAGAGACUCAGCCUAGUCCAGCAGAAGAACAGGUUCCUGAAGUGGAUAAAAUGGACCUUCAGGUAUUGGAGAUGGAGAACGAGGGCCUCAAAGUACCAGAUGAGGAGAACGUAGAGGACCUGGAGGUACCAGAGGAGGAGAAAGUAGUGGACUUGGAGGUACCAGAGGAGGAGACAGAGGAUCUAAAUGUACCUGAGAUGGAAACAGUUGGCCAAGAGGAACCUGAAAUUGAGGAUGACAAUAUAGGAGGGGCUCAAUCAUCAUCUGAGCCUGGUGUAUCCGUUGUGCCUCUGCCAGAACAAACUGCAAUUUCCCUUGAUGUGGAAUGUCCUCUGUGUGGUCAGCAGUUUCCUCCAUUGACGAUUGAGAUGCAUGCUGCAUACUGCGAUGGCACCAUUAAAACCGAGAGGCUGGAAACUACUGUCUUGAGAAGUAGCAGGCAGAAAUCGGCAAAGAAGAGCCUGGUUAGUCCAGGUGAUUUGCUUCCAGCUCCAGACACUGGCAAGUGUGAGAAGUGCUACAUGUGCAAAACUCUGGUGCCCCUGAGAGAAUAUGCGACCCAUGUGGACAGCUGUAUGGAAAAUGUAAAAGAGUCAGAGGGCAGAAGAAGGGUGAGGAGCAAUAAUGAAUCUACAGGACGCGGUGGACGACUCCUGAAUAUGCUACAGCAGUCUGAAUCAACAUCAGAAGAAGCUCACUGUAGUGCUCAAGAGCCUGAUUAUAAGAGGAAUACCCCACCCAGAGAGGAGCAGAGUGGAAGUCUUAAUGCAGAGCAUUUAGGCUUGAGUGAUUCCCCUAUCCGGGCAUUUGUGUCCAUAUCAGAAGCCACUGAUUGUCUCAUAGACUUUAAGAAGCAGUUUAGCCGUCAGCCACGCAACCCCAGACAAAAAGGUAGACGAAGACGACAGUGAUACUUUAUGAAUUAAACAAGAAAGAUCAACGUACGCGCAAAAAAAGAA